UCUUGUACAUAACAACAUACCAACAUAAAGACUAUUUUCUUGUCUGAAAGAUAAAUAGAUCACUGUGCUAAAAGCUUAAGUUUACAUUUUCUAUUUAUUACUAUUAUUCUGAUAACGAAGGAUGUUGCAUAUGUAUGAUGUAAUCUUAGAGAAAAAAAAUAUUUUGGUACAGUGUAUUAUAGGGUGCCUGAGAAAAAUGAUAAAAAGAAAGAAUUACAGAUUCCGUUUUGCUUGACUGUACUCACUGAAAUAACACAAAAUACAGAUUAAGUGUCUGCUCUCAAUAUUAUAAGUAUAAUAUCUCGAUAGAUUUUAAUAUUUGCUUUUCCUCUGGUAUACAUGAUUUUCAUGAAAUUCCUAUACAUGACAAUCAGAUUUUAAAUACAUUUGUCUAUGUAUUUAUCGUUUUUGUUUAUAUAUAUUUAACUUAUACAUAUAUGAGUGAUGAGAGCAAUAUAAUAUUAAUACAUCUACUGAUGUUUUUCUACAAGCCAAACGAGCUGAAGGACCAUGCAAUGGACUUUCCGCUGCAGCAAUUGCUGGCAUUGUCAUAGGCACACUCGUGUUGACAAUUAUCAUCAUAAAUAUGAUCGUCUGUUUGAAAGGGAAAUGCUGUCGAGAGAGACGUACCUUCAACCAGAAGAAAAGAAUUUCAUCUCAACACGACACAUCAGAAAUUAUUUCAGAAAAAGUUAUUAACGAAGAACCAAAAAACCAAACAAGCAAAGAGAAAUUGUAUAUUAACAAUGGUAUUCAAACGACACUAUCAUCCAAUGACGAAACCGCGACACAAGGAAAAUCGCUUAAUAAUAAAGACGAACGAUCGCAGUUCAACAAUGAUGACAUGUUUGAUUUAUCACUUGAAAUGAGUAGACCUGAUCACAAAACAUCAGGGCAGAUGAGUACUUCUACCAUAAACUCUGAUAAAAAUACAACUGAAUGUACCCAAGAGGAUAUAAUACUAGGUAAAUGCAGUGUACCUUGUAUUGCUAACCAGGAAUUGAACGGGAACGUUUCUUGUGGGAGUAAACUUACUGAUGAUAUUGUCGAGCCUUUAGAUUCAAAUGACGUCGAGAACAUUAUAGAAAACAAAAGUGACGAAAUAGUUGUAACACGUAUCACGAAAAUCGAAAAACCAUUAAGAAAAGAUAUGCCACAUUUGAAUUCUACAGAAAAUAUCUUUUCUGACUUUGAUGCCACUGUGACUAAUGAGACUGAAAAUUACAACAUUUCUAAAAGCGACUUAAGUAUUAUAAUAGACUGUGUAGAAAAUAAAAAUAAUCAGAAAAAUGUUUUCGUAUUUUCAAGAGAUGAUAGUGCUCUGGAUAUGGAAACAGACAAUAAAACAAUGAGUAAAAUUAAAACACAAGACAGAAUGCAUAAGUCUGAAGGAAACUUAGUGGAUGCUAUAGAAAAAGGGAAUUCGACACGUAUAUCUUCAGAGAUAUCUUAUGAACCUCUCGAAUGGAAUUUUGUGUACAGAUCUCCAUACGCUUUGUCUGAUAAACAAAAGCAAGAUAUCAUUGAUAAAAGAGUAAAAUUAAAAAAGAAGAAAGAGCAAAUUAAAAGACAAAAAGAAAAAGAAAAGGAGAAGCGACUUCAAAAAAAUCAGUUAGCAUUUGAAAAGUGGAAACAGAGUAAAAUGAAGACAACAACGGCGAAAAAUAAAAGCUUAGAAAAUGUUUAUGAGAAAGCAAAAAGUACAUUUUGGUAUCCAACUUGAAAAAAAACCCGCUCUUAAAGGAUCAACGCAAGCAAAUUACGUCUGGUACUGGACUUUAAUCUUUUUCAGCCUAAAUCUAAACAUUGAACUCUCUAUGCAAAAUAAAUUUAUCAAACUAAGUCAUAUACGUAUAACUAAAUUGGUAGCAUUGCAAGUUGUAUGUCCCAGAUGUAAAAUAGGUAUGAAUCGUUACAUAAAUAACAAGAGAGGGAGGCAGCAUAAAACAUAUUUUUAGUUCAAGUUGUUUGUCGUGCAUUUGUUGGAAUUGAAACACAUAGUUACUAAUGUAAAAAGGAAUAGCCGAUUCAUUAUUUGAUGAUUUAGACGGACGCUUAUAGUAUUAAACAAAACUUGUUAUUCAAUAUAUAUUUAAAAGAUAUUAUGUUUGUCCUUAGUGAAGAAAUCAGACAUUUUUGAUAAACGAUAUGUGUUUCUGAAAUUUUAGUUGUCCUGUGAGAUUAUGUUCUUUAAUUAUAUGUAUGCUAUCAGACGAGUAUUUCAAUGUACUACGUUUGUGUAAAUCAGCAUUUUAUUUCGCACGUUUGAUACUGUUUUAGAGAUUACAAUAUUUGUCAUUAUUUCAUGCUAUUUUGCAUAUUUUUUGUGUGUUCGAACGUACU